AUGGGAGUUUUUCGAGGCACAGCCGCGGAGAGCUGCGGUGGGAUGGGCAUCGUGAAAGGUGCUGGUCCCUCUGUCCUGGGGACCCUGAGGGACCUUGAGGGAGGACAGGGGACAGUUGGGCCCCAGGUGGGAGUUCGGAGGCACAGCCCCCUCUUCUCUGCAGCCGCGGGGAGCUGCGAUGGGACGGGCGUCAUGAACGGUGCCGGCCCCGCCGCCCUGGGCCCGGACUGGCGGCAGUUCUGCGAGCUGCAUGCGCAGGCGGCCGCCGCCGACUUCGCGCACAAGUUCUGCCGCUUCCUGCGCGACAACCCGGCCUACGACACGCCCGACGCCGGCGCCUCCUUCUCCCGCCACUUCGCCGCCAACUUCCUGGACGUGUUCGGGGAGGAGGUGCGGCGCGUGCUGGGGGCCGGGGCGGCCGAGCGCGCCGCGCGCGCCAUGGAGCCCGCGCCGCCCGCCCUCAAGGCGGCCACCUACGGCCACUCGCGGAGCUCGGAGGACGUGUCGGCUCACGCGGCCACCAAGGCCCGCGUGCGCAAGGGCUUCUCGCUGCGCAACAUGAGCCUGUGCGUGGUGGACGGCGUGCGCGACAUGUGGCACCGGCGCGCCGAGGCCGAGGCCGCCCCGCGGGCCACCGAGACCGAGCCGCGCGACAAGUGGACAAGGCGCCUGCGGCUGUCGAGGACGCUGGCGGCCAAAGUGGAGCUGGUGGACAUCCAGCGGGAGGGCGCACUGCGCUUUAUGGUGGCCGACGACGCGGCCGCGGGCCCCGGGGGCACUGCCCAGUGGCAGAAGUGCCGGCUGCUGCUUCGCAGGGCUGUUGCUGGAGAGCGCUUCCGCCUAGAGUUCUUCGUACCACCCAAGGCCUCCAGACCCAAGGUCAGCAUCCCACUGUCCGCCAUCAUCGAGGUACGCACCACCAUGCCCCUGGAGAUGCCAGAGAAGGACAACACGUUUGUACUCAAGGUGGAGAAUGGAGCAGAGUACAUCCUGGAGACCAUCGAUUCGUUGCAGAAGCACUCGUGGGUGGCUGACAUCCAGGGCUGCGUGGAUCCCGGGGACAGUGAGGACGACGCCGAGCUCUCAUGCUCCCAGGGAGGCUGUCUGGCCAGCCGGGUGACCUCCUGUAGCUGUGAGCUACUGGCGGACGCAGCAGACUUGCCCCGGCCCCCGGACACAACGGCAGCAGCAGGCGCUGUGGUCACCGCCCCCCAUGGCCGGGCUCGAGAUGCUGUUGGCGAGUCCCUGGCCCACGUCCCUCUAGAGACGUUCCUCCAGACCCUGGAUACCCCAGGCGCCGGCGGCGGUGACAGCAGUAACACAGGGGAGGAGGGCGCCGAGCCCGAAGACGCUGAGCCCCAGCUGGAGCUCUCCAACUACCCCUGGUUCCACGGGACGCUGUCACGGGUCCGGGCCGCGCAGCUGGUGCUGGCCGGGGGCCCUCGAAACCACGGCCUCUUCGUGAUCCGCCAGAGUGAGACGCGGCCGGGGGAGUACGUGCUGACCUUCAACUUCCAGGGCAAGGCCAAGCACCUGCGCCUGUCCCUGAACGGCCAUGGGCAGUGCCACGUGCAGCACCUGUGGUUCCAGUCUGUUCUCGACAUGCUCCGCCACUUCCACACCCAUCCCAUCCCACUGGAGUCGGGGGGCUCCGCCGACAUCACGCUGCGCAGCUAUGUGCGGGCCCAGGGCCCCCCACCUGAGCCGGGUCCCGCGCCCAGCGCCUUGCCCGCAGCACCCGCCUGCUGGAGCGAGCCUGCCGGCCAGCACUACUUCUCCAGCCUGGCGCCUGGUGCCUGCCCGCCGGCCUCGCCCUCUGAGCCGCCCGCCGCCUCAUCCACGUCCACCUCGUCCUCCUCGGCCGCAUCCGCCGCCCUGCCUGCGCCCCCGCGCCCUGCCGAGGGCCGCAGCGAAAGCACUGAGCGCCUGCGGGAAGCCCCAAGCGGCAGCGAGGAGCCCCCCGAGACGGGCGCAGGCGAGGGCGCACGGGGCCGCCCGCGGGCUGUGGAGAACCAGUACUCCUUCUACUAG